AUGCACGAAGAUGACUCUGAGAGCAACCUCACCGUGUCCCAGGCCGGGGAUGAGAACGAGCUGCCGGUUAUCCAGCUGUGCGGGCUGGUGGAGGAGCUCAGCUAUGGAAACUCUGCUCUCAAAAUUGAGACGGAGAUGUUUGAGAAAUAUUACAAUAAGCUGGAGCCCAAGGCUGAUCCGUCUACACAAUUUUCGGAUAGCAAAGCAUCAUCCAUGGAAUUCACACAGUUCCGCAGCAUUCGGAAAUCUAAAGCUCGGCUAGGUUUCGACCGCGUCACAUCCCUCACCAUCGACCAAAAACUCGAGCUGGUCCAGAAGGAGCUGGAGGACACGAAGUUGGAGAUCAGGCACAUGAGGGCGAAUGCUGAGCGGGACCUGCAGCAUCACGAGGCUAUUAUUGAGGAGGCGGAAAUCCGGCACACCGAAGUGCAGAAAGCAGCGCAUGAUUUCCAAAAAGAUAUUCUGAAAACCAUAUCUAAGAAGAAAGGGAGUAUUUUGGCCACGCAGAAAGUGAUGAAGUAUAUCGAGGACAUGAAUCGCCGGAGGGAUAAUAUGAAGGAUAAAUUACGUUUGAAAAAUGUGUCUCUCAAAGUCCAGAAGAAAAAAAUGCUUUUACAGUUGCGACAGAAGGAAGAGGUGGGCGAGGCCCUCCACGACGUGGAUUUUCAGCAGCUAAAGAUUGAGAACGCUCAGUUUUUAGAAGCGAUCGAAGGGAAGAAUCGGGAGAUGAUCCAGCUAAAGCUGACAUCUGGAAAUACGCUGCAGAUCCUCAACAUGUACAAAGGCAAGCUUCAUCAGGCACUGGAAAUGUCCUGCAGUCUGGACAGGGAGAUGGUGCUGAGAAACGAGUUAAUGGACAAAAUGGCAAGAGAAACGAUACACGCCGAAGAGGCCCGGGCCAAAGUCGAGUAUGUGAACAAGAAGUUGCGGAAGCAGCUGGCCGAGUUCCGAGCGCCCCCUGUGAUGAUGUACGUCCAGGAGAAGAUCGUGAAUGCGGGGCUGGAGAAGAACAUCAAGACUUGGGAAAGGAAGGUGGAGAUCAUGGAGAUGUCCUUGAAAGGCUACCGCAAGGCUUGGAACAAAAUGAAAGCCACGUGUGAACAGUUGCAGAUGGUUAGCUCUGGGAAGUAACCAGAGGAAGACCAGGCCCUGGGCCACAACUGCAGCCCCCCAAA